GAGCAGACAUCACCAGAAGACCAAAGACUUGUUUCAAUUUCUCAAUUUGUUUGAUAUAUUCUCCAUUCGAGAUGGACUUCAGUACUAUUCUUGCUCUGUUAGUUGGCUUCUUAUCUGCGUUUGUAAGGGCAGACGACCCAGAUGUUGUUGCCAUGGUAACUCACAAAGUCUUCUUUGACAUCAGCAUUGGAGGAGAGCCAGCAGGCACAAUCGAGCUUGGUCUCUUUGGAGAUGUUGUCCCCAAGACAGUUGCAAAUUUCCUGUUUUUCGCCGAUCCUUUGAGCAAGGAAAACUAUGUUGACUCCAAAUUUCACAGGGUGAUCAAGAACUUCAUGAUCCAAGGUGGUGACUUUGCUAGUGAGGAUGGAUCUGGAAGCAGGAGCAUCUAUGGCAAGGACCAUUUCGAUGAUGAGAACUUCAAUCUGGACCACUAUGGAGCUGGCUGGCUGGCAAUGGCUAAUGCAGGACCUAACACAAAUGGAUGCCAGUUCUACAUCACCACAGUCAAGACCAAGUGGCUGAACGGUGCCCAUGUUGUCUACGGUAAAGUCCUGGAUGGCCUUGAUGUUCUGGCCACCAUUGAGAACUCUGCUACAGAUGAGAACGACAAGCCUCUCACAGAGGUAGUCAUCACCGCAUCAAGAACCGAAGACCUACCACCCCAGGAUGAGUUUAUCGUGGAGAAAUUAGGUAUCACAAUGCCAGUUGUGGGAAGUACUGGUGAUUUCUAA